AUGGAGAAUCUCAUAACUCAAUGCGAGAUUGAUGAAAUAUGCAGCUUCAAAGAUGCUAAAAAGGUCUGUAAGAAGUAUGCUAUCAGUAUGGAGGGAUUAAAAACUUUGGGCGAUUUUAAAGAACGAUUAGGUUUAAUGCUAAGGAAUGAAACUAUCCAAAAUUAUAAGAGCAAUUCUCUCAUCAAGAGGUUCAAGGGUGCAGUGGCUAAAUUUAGGGAAGCAAAGAUGCGAAUUAUCGAUUUAUUGGAAAGUGCAAACCAGUUUAUCCUGCAAGAAUUAGAGCCAGAACUUGUUGAUAUAGUCAAAGCUUUCGAUCAACAUUACUUAGAAAAUAUCCAAAAAUGCAUUAAACAUUUACGCAACAUGGAAUGUCCAAUCUUAGUUACAGGAGAAGUAAGUGCUGGAAAAAGUAGCUUUAUUAAUUUACUCUUGAACGAAUCGGUGCUACCUGUUGGUCAUUUGCACACAACAACAUGUAUAUGUGAAUUACGUAGUUCUAGAGAUUCUGUUUUUAAGCAAUUUACUUGGGAUUCAAGUAAGAAAAAGUUGGAGGAGUCUCAAGUGAUACCUAUCGAGAAUAUUUCUAAUAUUGCAGCAAAGAUCAAAAGCAGCAUGAAUUCGGUAUCAAGCAAAAACAUCUUUACUGAUUUCGUAGUAAAAUGGCGGAGUUCAACUUCUAACUUAGUUGAAGAUAAUUGGAACGAAGAAGAACAAAACCUAUCGAAUACCUCAGUAGAUGGUAUUUGUAUCGAUCGCAGUGAUUCUGAUGAUUUAGAAUUAACAUGCGGAAAGGUUGAAAUUUAUAGCGAUUUCCCACUUUUGAAGGACGGUAUUUUUUUGGUAGAUAGCCCUGGAAUUGGCGAAACAUGUUUAGCAACAAAACAAAUAGUAAAUUAUUUGCCCAAUGCAUGUUCAAUUAUUUACAUUAUUAAUGCUGCAAAUGCUGGCGGCAUACAAGAAGAUCGACUGGUGCGACUUAUAACAGAAGAACAAAAUUUAGAGAAAGAAAAAUUAAAGCGAUUCUCUGCAGAAUCAGCUAUUUUUAUCUGUAAUAAAUGGGAUACUAUUCCAAAGGCUGAGAGGAGUACCGUUAAAAAUAAAAUUAAAGAAAAGCUAGCGCUAAUUUGGCCCAAUUUUCGCGAUUCUCAGCUAAUUACCUUAUCAACUGAGAAUGCACGCAGUCACCUUAAAGCUAACUUUGUAUCAAAUGAUUUGAAAGCAGUUUACUCCCUUCUAGGCCAACUACUAGAAGACAGCUUGAAGGGGGCCAUAGUAAACUAUAGCAGCUGGUUUCAUUCAUUAUUAGGGGUUAUGGCUAAUCGAUACCGUUUAUUUGAUACACGCUCUUUCAUGCACAAUGAUGGCAAAUCAAGUUACCUACACCUUUUAAAGUAUAGGAACAACGAAGCUAAAAGCAUCAUGGCAAGUCAAAAUUUUCAUAGCGAGCCUGAAAAAAUUAUCAAUCACGGUACUGCACACAUAAGUAUUUCUUUGCUUCAGUUCUUAAAAACCGAAGAUUUUAAAGAAGGUAUGUCAUCCUGGAAAUUAGAGGAUAUUCCAAUUCGAGAAAAAAUCGUCGAUAUUAAAAAAGUUGCCCGGGGUUUGUUUUGUGAUCGAUUUAUUCGGUUAUUAAUGAUGUGGGAAAAACAGAAUGGCGAACUUAGGCUAUUUUAUGAUAAUGUACAGCGAUCUUUAAGGGCGCAGUACAGUGAUAUUUUGCAGGCAAUGGAGGACUUAGAAAAUUCAUUACAAUUAGAUACUUCCAGUAUUGAUAGUUUACCAGACUUGAGUAUGAUUUCAUCAUUUGAGGAAAUUAAACCACAGUUGGAUUUCACUGUGGCUACAAGAAAAAAAUCAUGGCAAUCCUUUUACGCUGGAGCUGGUAUUAUCACUGGUACUGUUGGCAGUGGGAUUGCAGCUGCAGUAGCUGGGGCCUCUAUGGCUGAAGGCAUUGCUACUGCAGCUGUUGGAGGAGUAAUCGGUGGCGUAACAGGCGGCAUUGGCCUUAUUAUUUCCUUGAUUAGUAUAGCUAUCAUAGAUGGUGUUUUAAUAGCAGCAAGCAUCGACAGACAAAGAAAGACAAUUUUACAAGUCAUGAAAGGAAAUGCAGCUAGUGUUGUUUCAGAAUUAGCGAACGAAAACAAAGCGUCUGAAAUUGCACAGGCUUAUACAACACCAAUUAGGAAGGCUAAUGAGGAUAUGCGAAAACAGAUAUUUCAGCAUUUAGAAGCAAAUGAAGAGCUUAUUAUUCGAAUUUUUGAAAAUGAUUUCUCUAUAACUAGCGAUAUUGCAGUAGCAAAGAUAGAUAUCAUUAAUAAACUUAGAACAAGAAUUAACGAUGUCCUGAAAACUUAUGACAGCGACAUUUAA